ACGUCUGUGAGGUGUGAUCAAUCAUGCAAGUGACUUUGAGUCAGAUAUCGCUGGUUCUUUGUCUUCUAUCAUGCGCUUUAUCAUUCGGUGCUCGAUAUACACCAGACUGGGCCAGUCUGGACUCCAGACCUCUGCCUGAAUGGUACGACGAGGUGAAGUUCGGGAUCUUUGUUCAUUGGGGGGUGUUUUCAGUGCCCGCGUUCGGCAGCGAGUGGUUCUGGUGGUACUGGAGAGGCGCACACAUAUCUGAUUAUGUCCAGUUCAUGAUUAAAAACUACCCCCCUGGAUUCAGCUACACGGACUUCGCUCCUGAUUUCCACGCGCAGUUUUUUGACCCUGAUGAGUGGGCUGAUAUUUUCGAAGCUUCAGGAGCAAAAUAUGUGAUCCUCACAUCGAAACACCACGAAGGCUUCACAAAUUGGGGCUCCCCAUAUUCCUGGAACUGGAAUUCUGUUGAUAAUGGACCUCACAGGGAUCUUGUUGGAGAUUUGGGCAAUGCAAUAAGAAAGAGGUCUCUGCAUUAUGGACUUUACAACUCUCUGUAUGAAUGGUUCAAUCCCAUCUAUCUGAGUGACAAGGCAGCUGGUUUCAAGACUCAGGAUUAUGUUGCAAAAAAAGCUAUGCCAGAACUCAUCGAACUGGUCAACAGGUACAAGCCAGACCUGAUUUGGUCAGACGGGGACUGGGAAGCACCUGACACUUAUUGGAACUCUACAGAAUUCCUCGCCUGGCUCUACAACGACAGUCCGGUCAAAGAUGUGGUGGUGACCAAUGACAGAUGGGGGAAUGGCUGUUACUGUAAACAUGGAGGUUAUUUCAACUGUGCUGACAAGUUCACUCCUGGACAUCUGCCCAAUCACAAGUGGGAGAAAUGUCAGUCAGUGGACACAAUAUCAUGGGGUUAUCGCCGAAAUAUGAAACUAACCGAACUGAUGGAUCUACCAUCCAUCAUAAAGGACCUGGUCUACGUCGUGGCCUUAGGGGGGAAUUACCUGUUGAAUGUGGGACCCACAGCAGACGGCGUGAUCGCACCUGUCUUUGAGGAGCGUCUCAGAGGAAUUGGAGCCUGGCUGAAGAUCAACGGUGAAGCCAUCUAUGCAACUAAAGCUUGGAGAGUUCAGGCUGAGAAUGCUACAGUUCUUACCUGGUAUACUUCAAAAAACACCAGCACUGUGUAUGCGAUCUUCACCUCCAAUCCCAUGCAAAACUCCUUUAAGCUUUCUAUGCCCAAAACCUCCGACAGCACAGUGGUGACUUUGUUGGGGAACCCUGAGCCUUUGAAAUGGGCUCCUUUGAAAACAACAGGACUGAUAAUUCUCCUGCCUGAUCUGCCUUUCUCACCCGCUGAAGCCUGGACACUCAAGCUGGACGGGGUGGCCUAAACCUAAAGCCUUUAAAACUUUUAAAGUCGCCAUGAAAUCAAAUUUUACAAUUUGUGUUUUUAUAUGUAAUAUUGUAGUGCUUAUUAUAAAUGAUUUAUCUGUGCACUUCAUUAAUUUAAAAACAAUCAUGUACCCUUAUAA